ACUGAGAUGUCAGUAGACCGCAGCUCUGCUCUACUUCCACCUGGUUGUUUAGUUUUUUGUUUGUUUGUUGGUUAAUAAGUAAAAGGAGGUGUCAACAAUGUACAGAUCACCGUCUCUGGAAAACAAGAACUUCAUUUCUGUGUGCCGAGAAGAAAGAGACCACUACUUUGUCAGAGAUGAGGACUGCCCCAGUGAGGAGUACGACUUGGAUUCAGAAGGCAGCGAGGAAGGUAAAGGGGACAGAGGGAUUUGCAGCUCCGUGUCCCUGGAGAUCCAUGGCCUACAGAGGGAGCAGCGGGUCUACUUCUCCAACCAGGAGUACUACAGGAGGCUGGAGGAGCUGAAGAACACCCACCUGAGGAACAUGGCUGAGCUGGAGAGGAUGUACAUCAGCGAGGGCAUAGAGUGGCGAGGAGAGGACCAUGAUGGAGGUCUGGCACGAGGGAGAAUCAGAGAAGCCGGACAGUCAAUCAGGACACUCCAGAGGAUCAACUCUCAGGAGGAAUUGGACUUCCAUGAGAUGUCAAGUGGAUCUGACCAAUCAGAGAUCUGUGCAGAGGACACCAUCGGGGAGCUGGACAAUCGAUGCAGGACAUCUGCCCAGGGUCGAUCCUUUGGGAGAGCCAUCCUGGUGAGGCCGAAGGAAAUAGCAAUCCAGAAACAGUUUCCAUUCCAGCCAAAGACCCCGUGUUCAAAACCCCAGAGACGACUAUCCUAUCAAACUGGGAUCAGAAUUCGAUCCAGCUUUAAAGUCACAGUGCCCAAACCCUUCCAGAUGAUGCUGCGAGAGGAGGAGAGGAAGAGGCACAAGGUGCGGACGCGCUCAGAGAUCGAGCUGGAGAACGUGCUACUGAGACGUGAGCUGGAGGAACUCCGAGAAUGCCAGAAAAAGUUCAGAGCAUCACCUGCUCCGGCCCACAUUCACCUGCCUCUCUACGAAAUCAUCAGCCGUCGCACUAAUCAGUGGUCAGACCAAAGCAGAAGCAGCGGUGAUAAAUGUGACCGUCACUCCAAACUCAACCAGGCCUCUGCUGCCAUCUUGCCACAGCCUUUCCAUUUCCUGGAGAGGGAGAAGAAGAAGAGGGAGGCAAAGAUUCUGGCAGAGUUCGGGAACCUUGGUCAGAAAGAGAAGCGGCAGGCCUUUAAGGCUCGGCCCAUGCCCAGCACUGUGUAUGGUACAAGAUGCAAAGCAGGACCCAAGACCACAAACCGCCAGACCCUGUCUCUAACUACAUGCACAGAGGAGAGCGAGAGCCUUAAAUUGCUCCAGUCCAAGUCCAGUGAGAUGGUGAAGGAGAAGGAGUGGUCCUACACUGACCCACUGCUCACCUCUGUUUCCAUGCAACCCAGAGCCGCUGCUAUCUAAGCAGAGGUGAGGGCAUCAGCUGCACAGUGUUCAAAAAUCAAUGAGAGAAUAACAGGAGAUACAAAGUGCUCUGUUUUGUGUUUUAGAAUCUAACUUUGUCAUCAUGGUUUAUUUCUGUAUGCUAAACUGUAUCAAGCAGCACUAUGUGUUUAGGGUACACAGAUUUAUCCGUUUAUAUGUCUAUUUUGUAUGUAUGUAUGUACAGUUUUGGAGGUUCUUGUAGGUGCUUCUUUUGUUGUGGUCCACCUUAUUUUGGUCACAGAAGGGAGACGUUUUCAGAAAUAAAAUUGUAAAACUCUUCA